AUGAUUUGCCUUGAGACGCAACACUUCAGGCUCAAUAAAUUUCUUUUGCUCGCGAUUGGUUUAUGGCCUCACCAGAGAUCGAAACUUGCUCAAAUUCAAUUUAUCAUCAUAUCAUAUAAUAGCACAGAGCAACUUGUAUUACAACUGAUAUACAUAAGUGUCCUUUACAUGUACAUGUUUUUGUCCAAUUAUACCGCACAAGAUAUUACAGAUCACAAUGAAUAUGUAUUUGCUACAGUAUAUAAUGUUGAAUGGUAUGUAGCUCCGUUACACAUACAGAAAAUGAUGUUAUUUCUACUGCAAAAGGGUACAAAAGCUUUUCAUUUGAUCCUCGGUGGAAUAUUCAUUGCGUCUAUGGAAAGUGCUGCUACGUUGAUGGGUACUUCAAUAUCUUACUUCACUGUUCUCUAUUCUACAAGUACGAAAUAA